AUGGCUGAAUACAAGCAAAACAUCAAGUCAACUUCGGCUGCAGUAGAACAUCACUUGAAUGAAAAGAAUGUUGAAUUGGAAAAGGGGGGAGACUAUUCUGGCGCUGUCAAGAAGACAAGCGCAGAGGAGAUCAAGCUCGUUCGAAAGCUCGAUUGGAGGAUAAUGUCCACCCUUUGGGCUAUGUAUUUCUUGAACUACCUCGACCGUAAUGCAAUCGCUCAAGCCCGCCUGAACAACUUGGAAGAUGACCUCGGUCUCGUUGGCGCGCAGUACAAUACCUGCAUCAGCAUCCUCUUUGUCGGAUACCUUCUCAUGCAGAUUCCUUCAAACAUGUUGAUGUCCUCUCAAAAGAUUCGACCGUCACUAUAUAUGUGUAUCUGUAUGAUGGCUUGGGCAGUCGUCUCAGCAUGUACGGCUCUCGCGCGCAACUACACCGAUCUUGUCAUUGUACGCUUCUUUCUAGGUGUCACGGAAGCUCCCUACUAUCCCGGAGCUCUAUACAUGCUUUCGCUCUUCUACACCCGGAAGGAAAUAGCGACACGUCUUAGCAUCCUAUACUCUGGCAAUAUCCUCGCGACUUCAUUCUCCGGUCUGAUCGCUGAAGCUGUCUUCUCCACUCUUGAUGGAGCACACGGUCUGGCAGGCUGGAAGUGGUUGUUCAUCGUCGAAGGCAUCACAACGUUUGGGAUUGCGGUGAUAGGAAUCUUCAUGCUUCCCGACUAUCCCCUUACUACUCGAUGGCUCACUCCUGAAGAGCGGCAAUUGGCUCAUGAUCGGAUCGGCCGCGAUACUGUCGGUCUUGAACAGUCCCAAGGUGCUCGAGCUGGUUUCAGACAAGCGAUCCGCGAUCCACGGUUGUAUCUGCUCUGUUUCAUGCAGAAUAUGCAUCUUAGCGCAUGCAGCUUCAACAAUUUCUUCCCUACGGUAGUCGGCAGUCUCGGCUUCAGUCGGACGAUUACGUUGGUCCUUACCUGCCCACCAUACCUAGUCUCGGGAGCGUUCGGUAUCAUCAUUGGUCUCACUUCCGGAAAGUUCAAUGAGCGCACAUGGCAUAUCACCGUCUGCAUGAGUGCUGCCCUUGUUGGUUUCAUCAUUUCUUGUGCUACGAUGAAUGUCGCAGCACGUUAUAUCUCUUGUUUCUUAUUCGCUUCUGGAGCAUACGCAGUAAAUUCGGUCAUUUUGGGCUGGGUAUCGGCGACGCUUGGCCAAACUCCUGAGAAGAAGGCUGUCUCUCUAUCAAUCGUCAACGUCGUCGCGAACGCGAGUUAUAUCUACACCGCAUACUUAUAUCCCAAAAGCAACGGACCACAGUAUCUCACAGCAAUGUCAAGCAACGCCGCAUUUGCGUUUAUGACAAUCGUCUCUGCUUGGGCCUUGAGAUACUGGCUGCAAAGGGCCAACGCAGCAUUGAAAAGAGAGAGGCCUGGUGAUAACGUAUUGCAUUCUGUGGUCUCAAAGUUCAAUAUCGUGCGAUCCGACCUCAUUGACAAUGAAACAACACCUCUGCAGGUCGGUAAUGGCAACUUUGCCUUCAAUGUCGACACUACAGGGAUGCAGACAUACUUGCCGUUCAACACACUAUCCAGCUGGGCUUGGCAUAACGACUCGCUCCCUGUGAAUGGGGAGUCACCGUCAGACUAUAAGGGCGUCAUGCGCGAGACAUAUGGGCGUGAAGUCUACUAUGACAUCCCGGACCCCAAGCUCAAGCAAGCAACUCAGUGGCUAAUCAGCAACCCAAACCGACUGAACCUGGGUCGUAUUGGCCUCCGCUAUCAAGGAGAUACACUCAACGAGUCUUUCAUCACUGAGUCCAGACAAGAACUAGAGUUGUGGGACGGCACCAUCACAUCGGUUUUCAAAGUCAAUGGCGAAGAUGUUAAGGUCGUGACACAAGGCGAUUUUGAAUCUGAUGCUGUGGCUUUCAUUAUUGAAUCGAAACUUAUUCGGACUGGAGACCUGCAGGUGGAGAUGGACUUUCCGUAUCCGCCGAUACAUAGUACUGAGUACAAAUACGAGGUCUUUGCGGGAGUAUACGACUUCCCUCUCAAUCAUAGUACUAUACUGGUGGAGGAUGGAACUGAUCGCACUUCAGCACAUAUCCAGCAUGACUUGCAAGAAGUGCGGUACUUUGCUAAUCUGCGAUGGCCAAAAGAAUCACCUCUUAAAUUGACCCGCAAUGAGCCCCCAAAUUCAACAUCCAUCACAGCACACCGCUACACCCUGGGUACAGUGGCCGCCAGCUCUUCAAUCUUGUUCACUGCCCAUUUCUCAUCUGACCAACAGGUGCCCAGCCUACCUCAAAAGAUCCUGGAAAAGAAUGUACAAGGCUGGAAUAAGUAUUGGGAAGAAGGGGGCUUUGUUGACCUUACCGCAUCUUCCAAUCCGAACGCGACUGAGCUCCAGCGCCGCAUAAUCAAGUCGCAGUACCACGUGCGUGUCAAUAGCGCGGCCAAAGGUCAAUCGCCGCAAGAAAGCGGUCUGAUGAAUAAUGGCUGGUACGGAAAGUUCCAUAUGGAGAUGUCAAUCUGGCACAACGCGCACUGGGCCACAUGGGGUCGCCAUAAGUAUUUUGACAACAUUUUCCCCGGACUAUACGAGACACUCCUUCCCUCAUCCCUGGCUCGUGCAAAAUACAUGGGAUGGGAGGGUGCGCGAUGGCCAAAGAUGACCGAGCUCGAGACCGGUGUCAGCUCACCGGGCGAUGUCAAUGCUCAGCUUAUAUGGCAGCAACCUCACCCGUUCUAUCUCGCGAAUCUUGCAUACGAGGCAAAUCCGACACAAGAGACACUUCAGAAGUGGGACAAAGUGUUGACAGCUACUGCAGACUACAUGGCAUCCUAUCCCGGCCUCAACGCAACUACCGGCAAUUACGACCUUGGCCCGCCGACCUACGGCGUGACCGAAAACACACCACCAAAUUCUACACGCAACCCGGCAUACGAGAUUGCGUAUUGGCGGUACGGACUGGAUGCCGCCGCCGAGUGGAAACGCAAACUGUACCAGCCUGUGCCUGAGAAAUGGACUCAUGUUGCCACGAACCUCGCUCUCCCACCUCAAAUCGACGGCUUGUACGCCGUUUACGACGGGCUCAACAGCUCUUGGUGGGAAGAUUCAAAGCUCAAUGGCGAUCCUCGCAGUCUCAUCAUGAUGCAAGGUAUCCUCCCCGAUACGCCCGCUGUAGACCCCGAGAUUGCCCUUCGUACCGCCGAUAAAGUCUGGAAAGUAUGGACUGAUGACAGGAUCCGUGGCUGGGGGCGUCCUGUUCUCGCCAUCAAUAGUGCGCGGGUAGGUAAUCCUGAGCGUGCGAUUUAUCAUCUCACCGCGUAUGACUAUUGGAAAUUUGAUGAUGCAGGUUUCGCGAUCCGCGGUGGAGAUGGAGGUACUCCACCCCCGUUCAUGCCAGGUAACGCAGGCUUCCUAUAUGCGAUAGCGUACUGCGCGGCGGGCUGGAAGGGAUCGGAAGGUGAUGCGCCAGGCUUCCCGAAGGAUGGGAGUUGGACUGUAAAGCACGAGGGGUUGAUGAAAGCGCUAUGA